AUGGCACCACCCGCUGGAGCAUCAGCUUCCAAGGCGCCGUCAAUGAGGGCAUUGACAGCGCGACUGAAGGCAGCUCAACUGUCCUUCAACGACAUUCAGCGGUUCACCGAGGCAUUUUCUGAUGCCAAUACUGUUACAGAGGUGGAAAUACGUAUUGCAAAACUGGAUGAGCUGUGGGAGAGCUACAGUGCUACCAUGGUGGAGAUCUUCGCUCACGAAGAAUACAACGAGGAAAAGACGUCGCUUGAGAAGGAACGUGCGGAAUUCAGCGAUCGAUGUUAUGAGAUCAAGUCCUUCCUAACGGACAAGAUCAAAUCGUUCCAGAAACCCCUGGUUCUGGAACAGCCGAACCGAGGUGGAAAUGGGGCUUCAGCAAUUGUCGAUCACGUACGUUUGCCGCAGAUCCAGCUGCAGACGUUCAACGGGGACAUCGACGAGUGGCUGAGUUUCCGCGACCUAUUCACAUCGCUCAUCCACUGGAAAGUGGAUCUACCGGAAGUGGAAAAACUUCAUUACUUGAAGGGCUGUCUUCAAGGAGAACCCAAGGCUCUCAUUGAUCCACUUCCAAUCACAAAGGCCAACUAUCAAGUGGCGUGGGAUUUGCUGUUGAAGCGCUACAAUAACAGCAAGCAGCUAAGGAAGCGGCAGGUACAAGCUCUCUUCAAGCUGCCCACACUCUCGAAGGAAUCAGGUGCAGACCUGCAUACCCUGAUUGAAGGCUUUGAACGAAUCGUGCACACACUCGACCAGGUCGUCCAGCCGAACGAGUACAAGGAUCUUCUGUUUGUGAACAUCCUCACUGCACGAUUGGAUCCAGUUACGCGUAGGGGGUGGGAAGAGGUCUCAUCGGCGAAGCAACAGGAUACAUUGGAGGAUUUAUUCGAGUUUCUGCGGCGUCGAAUCCAGGUUUUGGACAGCCUUCCGGCAAAAUCUACCGACACUAGGGGUGCCGGUCAAAUACAGCAGUACUCGAAGGCGAAGCAAUCAACGGUGAAGACCAGCUAUAGUUCUACCCAGGCGUCAAGGGGACGCUGCGUUGUCUGUUCAUCAGAUCAUUUUCUGUACCAGUGCAACGAGUUUCAUCGAAUGACGGUAUCGGACAGGGAUAGUCUACUUAAAACUCAUGGACUUUGUCGGAAUUGCUUCAGGACGGGGCACCAUGCCAAGGAAUGCCAAUCAAAAUACUCCUGGGAAGGAGAAAGAACCCAAGGUGGCGGCAGUGGCAACCAGCCAUCGGUACCCAAGAAUCAAAGAGAUUCAUCCAACACCCAAGUGGCCAACGUGGCAGCCACGGAAACUGUAGUGUCCGCUACAGCUCACCAACAUCUCAAACGGGUUCUUUUGGCAACAGCAGUUGUGAUGAUUGAAGAUGACAUCGGCAACCGAUUUCCUGCUCGUGCAUUACUGGACUCCGGAUCCGAAAGUAAUUUCAUUACAGAGCGGCUGAGUCAGCGGUUAAAGGUUCAUCGAGAUCGAGUGGAUAUUUCGGUGGCAGGAAUUGGUCAGGCGGCGACCAAGGUUCGGCAAAGGAUUCAAGCGGUACUUCAUUCACGAGUUUCGGAAUAUUCCCGUGAACUAGCCUUGUUGGUCCUUCCAAAGGUCACGGUGAAUCUUCCAACAACCACUAUCAAUACGGCUGCUUGGACACUGCCAAGCGGAAUUCAGUUGGCGGAUCCUACAUUCUUCGAAUCUAAUGGAGUGGAUAUUGUACUUGGCAUCGAGUACUUCUUCGACUUUUCGAAACAGGAAAAAGGAUUUCUCUGGGGGAACAACUUCCAACCCUCAACGAGUCCGUGUUUGGCUGGCUGCAACGUGUCCGCGUUGGAUGGCUUGGAUACUUUAAUCGCGCGUUUUUGGUCCUGCGAGGCGGUAGAGUCAGGUAAGGCUCAUUCACCAGAAGAGAAGCGUUGCGAGGAGUGGUUCUCAAAUACGGUUCAACGGGAUACGCAUGGUCGGUACACCGUUGCUCUACCGAUGAUGAAAGGCGCUGUGUCAAGGUUGGGUAAAUCAAGGGACAUUGCAUUUCGACGACUGCAAGGAACCGAAAGAAGGUUGGCCAGGGACUCAUCACUUCGAAAACAGUACGUCGCCUUUAUGGAAGAAUACCUCAAUCUCGGACAUAUGAAGAUGCUGGUUGAAGAUUCCCAAAGUUCGAUUCGAAGAUGCUAUUUACCCCAUCAUCCUGUGGUGAAAGAAGCUUCAACAACAACCAAGGUUCGCGUUGUUUUCGAUGCGUCCUGUAAAACGUCUUCUGGAGUUUCGCUUAAUGACGUACUACUGGUGCGGCCAAUAGUACAGGAUGAUCUUCGUUCCAUAAUUCUUCGAUGUCGGACCAAACAGAUCAUGCUGGUGUCAGAUGUGGAGAAAAUGUUCCGCCAAGUCAUCGUUCGUCCCGAAGACCGCCCUCUACAGUGCAUUCUCUGGCGAAAUUCACCAUCGGAAAGUGUCCUUACGUAUGAGCUGAAUACGGUAACGUACGGCACAAAACCCGCGCCGUUUUUGGCUACCAGGACGCUUCAACAACUCGCUGUGGAUGAGAAAGGGCGUUUUCCUCUUGCAGCACGUGCAACCAUGGACGACACCUACAUAGAUGACGUCAUCACCGGUGCGAAUGAUGUGGAAACAGCAACGCAGAUGCAGAUUCAACUGAAUGCGAUGCUGUCAAGAGGAGGUUUUCAACUUCGCAAAUGGGCAUCCAACUGUCCAGCAGCCCUAGCAGGGCUUCUGGGAGCUGCUAUUACUACGGCAAAGAUAUUUAUGCAGCUUCUGUGGAUCAUACGCGACAAGAAUGAACAACCCUUAACCUGGGAUCAGCCGCUACCUCCGAUGGUGGGUGAGUCCUGGAGAAGGUUCCACGAGCAACUACCCAUGCUCAAUCAAGCACGAAUCGAAAGAUGCGUAAUAAUUCCGGAAUCGGUUGAUGUUGAACUCCAUUGUUUCUCCGACGCCUCGGAGAAGGCUUACGGUGCUUGUCUGUACGUCCGGAGCACUGAUGCAGACGGGAGGGUUAAGGUUCGACUACUUUCUUCCAAAUCAAAGGUGGCUCCGUUAAAAUGCCAGACAAUCCCUAGGCUGGAACUUUGCGGAGCGGUUUUGGCUGCACAAUUGUAUGAGAAGGUCCGAACGUCUAUAAAAACAUCAGCCAACGGUUACUUCUGGACGGAUUCCACUUGCGUUCUACGAUGGUUACAGGCUUACCCAACAACGUGGACCACGUUUGUCGCUAAUCGUACGGCAAAAAUUCAAUCUAUCACAGAAGGCUGUCGGUGGAGUCACGUGCCCGGAAUCCAAAAUCCGGCCGACCUUAUUUCCCGAGGCAUCGCCCCUCAAGACAUCAUCGACAACCAAUUCUGGUGGCGAGGUCCCACCUGGUUGGAAGAGAGCUCGGACAAAUGGCCAAGAUCAUUAGAACCCCUAACAUCUGGAGAGGAAGAGUCCGAAAAACGGCGGACAAUUAUCGCAACAACUGCUUCCAGUGUCAGCGAGUUUAACCAGGAAUACAUCAGCAAGUUUUCUUCAUACAACGACCUCAUACGCCGCACCGCAUACUGGUUGCGUCUGAUGAAGUUGCUCCGAACACCAAUAACUAGUCGGAAUGAUGUGGGAUUUCUCACCACGUCAGAAUUAAGGGACGCAGAAGGUACGUUGGUUCGUUUGGUGCAGAAGGAAGUGUUCGCCGAGGAAUUGAAAGCAAUCUCAUCGGGAGGCAAGGUUCCAAAUAGGUCACAACUACGCUGGUUCAACCCAUUCCUUUCCAAGGACCAACUUCUUAAACUAGGAGGACGACUGAAGCACUCUUUAGAGUCAGACGAAGCAAAGCACCCAGUUGUUCUUCCAGCUCGGCAUCAGUUCACCCGACUGCUCCUUCAGCAUUAUCAUGAACACCUACUUCACGCGGGGCCGCAACUAAUGCUAAGUGUACUUAGACUCCGAUUCUGGCCGCUUGGAGGUAGAAGCGUGAUCAGAAACAUCGUACAUAGAUGCCAGAAAUGCUUUCGAUGUAAACCCACUUCAGUGCAACAAUUUAUGGGAGAUUUACCAGCAGCUAGGGUUACCGUAUCCCGCCCGUUUUCUGACGCAGGAGUCGACUACUUUGGCCCUGUUUAUUUACGCCCAAUCCCACGACGUGCUACAGUUAAGGCCUACGUAGCAGUUUUUGUUUGCCUUUGUAUGAAGGCAGUUCAUCUGGAACUAGUGUCAGAUUUAUCCACUGACAGGUUCCUGCAGGCGCUUCGCAGAUUUGUGGCGAGGAGAGGACUGUGUACUAACAUUUACUCCGACAAUGGCACUAAUUUCGUCGGUGCACGCAACCAGUUGAAGGAUCUGCUGAAGCUGCUGAAGAGCAAUGAUCAUAACAGCGCCGUAUCCAAGGAGUGUGCCAAGGUUGGAAUUCAGUGGCAUUUCAUACCACCGAGUGCCCCGCACUUCGGUGGUUUAUGGGAAGCGGCCGUACGAUCAACCAAACACCAUUUGCUGCGUGUAAUAGGAGAAUCACCCGUGUCUCCGGAGGACUUUACCACACUUCUUACCCAGGUCGAAGCUUGCCUCAACUCUCGCCCCCUUACGCCUCUCUCUGACGACCCCAAUGACCUCGAACCACUGACGCCCGCCCAUUUUCUGAUCGGCACAUCCCUGCUAUCCAUUCCGGAGCCCGAAUUGGGUUCACUUCCGAACAAUCGCCUUAAUGCCCUGCAACUCAUACAAAAAAGAUUGCAGGAUUUCUGGAAGAGAUGGCGCAGAGAAUAUUUAUGUCAGCUACAGUCUAGGAAUAAAAGAUUCAAAUCAGGGAUUCAAAUAGAAGUAGGCAAGCUGGUCGUCAUCAAAGACGAUAAUCAGCCUCCGAUGAAGUGGAGAAUGGGGCGAAUCAGCGAUAUCCAUCCUGGCAGUGACGGAAUUGUCCGCGUUGUUACACUUAAAACUGCCAAUGGAUCAUUAAUUCGACCUAUUGAGAAGCUUUGUUUCCUGCCGCUUCCAGAAGAGGACGACAGGCCAAGUGGAACAACAAACCAGCCACAGUAG